AUGAGGGCGCGUGCGGAGCCCAGGCGAGGCGCUCCAGCUCAGGUCACCUCAGGUCCUCAACUGACUGCCAGCUGGCCGGACAGGCGCGACGGAGUCCAGCUGAGAUCAGAAGCCCAGACCAGAUUGCUGACCCACAUAGUUGUGAGGUCCGUGAACGGUUGGGGUUUUUACUCAGGGAAUUAUGAGGUUGUUUGUUGCACAGCAAAAGCGAAGUGGUCCAGCCUGCUAAGGAGGCCUGGUCACCUGACAGGUUUCCUGCCUGGUGCGAUUGUGCUUGAUGUCCAGCAACACUGCAAGUGCACUGUAUUUCAAGUGCACAAUAGCCACGUGUACCAGAUGGCUGGAGACUCUAUUCUAGAACUGCUGCCUGUGAGCAGGAGGAUCCGUUCCAGGGAAGGAGAUGGGCAGGAGCAACACGGACAGUCAAAGAGCAGGGCAGGCCUGAGGAACAAAGGGCCCCAAGGCAAUCGAGGUAAAGGUAAGGAGCCGGGGCUCACUCCCGCUUCCUUCCCGGGAGGCCGGGAGGCUCCUCAGCAGCAGGCUCCCUCAGAGCUGAGGUAUCGGAGUGCACCAGGCCAGGAGCACUGGCAGGGAACUGGCAGUCACUCUGCGUCCUUGAGGACAAUAGCAUUUCCACUUACACAGAGGCAAGCCUCAGCACAGUGCUCUGCACCCUGCGUCCGUAUCCGUUUCCCUGCGCCGUCACUUACACAUUUCAGUGCACUGUUUCCAGCUGCACAACCGGCAGUGUGCUUCCCCAAGGUUACCAUCACCACCUUAAACCCUGACUCGCGUUACCGAAUCGAAGCUACAAUUAUGCCGGUGGGUGGCUGGGAACAAAGUGUGCGCUGUGAGAAUAAGGUGAGCCCGGAUGGAAGGGCGAGGAGCGAACAGCCUUCCUCGGCGUUUGCCGGAACGCUGGCGCGGGACGGCGUUCCUUCCCCGCCGCCACGCGGACCGAGGAGGGCAGCGGGCUCCCCCGGCGCCCCUGCGCGCCUCCUAGCGCUCGCCUGCCCUCCCGGCGCGCCCGCCGCACACAGUAGGCGUCUAACCAAGGCGGCCGGCCGGCACGCAAUCGCCCCCGCCCUUGGGCCGAUACCGCGCCCCUCCAGCCCCGGGCCGCGGGCUCCCACUCUGUCCCCGCGGCGGCGGCCGCCAGUACUCUGUGCAAAAAACUUGGUGAAAAAGGAUUUUUUCCGACUUCCUGAUCCGUUUGCUAAGGUGGUAGUUGAUGGAUCUGGACAAUGCCAUUCUACAGAUACUGUGAAGAAUACACUCGAUCCAAAAUGGAAUCAGCAUUAUGACCUGUAUAUUGGAAAGUCUGAUUCAGUCACAAUCAGUGUGUGGAAUCACAAGAAGAUCCAUAAAAAACAAGGCGCUGGAUUUCUUGGUUGUGUUCGUCUUCUUUCCAACGCCAUCAACCGCCUCAAAGACACUGGUUAUCAGCGGUUGGAUCUAUGCAAACUUGGGCCAAAUGACAAUGAUACAGUUAGAGGACAGAUAGUAGUAAGUCUUCAGUCCAGAGACCGAAUAGGCACAGGAGGACAAGUUGUGGACUGCAGUCGUUUGUUUGAUAAUGAUUUACCAGACGGCUGGGAAGAGCGGAGAACUGCCUCCGGAAGAAUCCAGUAUCUAAACCACAUAACAAGAACUACACAAUGGGAACGCCCAACAAGACCAGCAUCUGAAUAUUCUAGUCCCGGCAGACCUCUUAGCUGCUUUGUUGAUGAGAACACUCCAAUUAGUGGAACAAAUGGUGCAACAUGUGGACAGUCUUCAGACCCCAGACUGGCAGAGAGGAGAGUCAGGUCACAACGACAUAGAAAUUACAUGAGCAGGACACACUUACAUACUCCUCCAGACCUACCAGAAGGCUAUGAACAGAGGACAACACAACAAGGUCAGGUGUACUUCUUACAUACUCAGACUGGAGUGAGCACGUGGCAUGAUCCAAGAGUGCCUAGGGAUCUUAGCAACAUCAAUUGUGAAGAGCUUGGUCCUUUGCCUCCUGGAUGGGAGAUCCGUAAUACUGCAACAGGCAGAGUUUAUUUCGUUGACCAUAACAACAGAACAACACAAUUUACAGAUCCUCGGCUCUCUGCUAACUUGCAUUUAGUUUUAAAUCGGCAGAACCAGUUGAAAGACCAACAGCAGCAGCAGGUGGUGUCCUUAUGCCCGGACGAUACAGAGUGCCUGACAGUGCCAAGAUACAAGCGGGACCUGGUUCAGAAGCUGAAAACCCUGCGGCAAGAACUUUCCCAGCAACAGCCUCAGGCAGGCCACUGCCGCAUUGAAGUUUCCAGGGAAGAGAUUUUUGAGGAGUCCUAUCGACAGGUCAUGAAAAUGAGACCAAAAGAUCUCUGGAAGCGAUUAAUGAUAAAAUUUCGUGGAGAAGAAGGCCUUGACUAUGGAGGGGUUGCUAGGGAAUGGUUGUAUCUGCUGUCGCAUGAAAUGUUGAAUCCAUACUACGGCCUAUUCCAGUACUCAAGAGAUGACAUCUACACGUUACAGAUCAACCCUGAUUCUGCUGUCAAUCCAGAACAUUUAUCAUAUUUCCACUUUGUUGGACGAAUAAUGGGAAUGGCCGUGUUUCAUGGACAUUACAUUGAUGGCGGUUUUACGUUGCCUUUUUAUAAACAGUUGCUUGGAAAGUCAAUCACUUUGGAUGACAUGGAGUUAGUUGAUCCAGACCUUCACAAUAGUUUGGUGUGGAUACUUGAGAAUGACAUUACAGGUGUUUUGGACCACACCUUCUGUGUUGAACAUAAUGCAUAUGGUGAAAUUAUUCAGCAUGAACUUAAACCAAAUGGCAAAAGUAUCCCUGUUACUGAAGAAAAUAAAAAAGAAUAUGUUAGACUGUACGUGAACUGGAGAUUUCUACGAGGCAUUGAGGCUCAGUUCCUGGCUCUGCAGAAGGGGUUUAAUGAAGUAAUUCCACAGCACCUGCUGAAGACCUUUGACGAGAAGGAGUUGGAGCUCAUCGUUUGUGGGCUCGGAAAGAUAGACGUCAGCGACUGGAAAGCGAACACCCGGCUAAAACACUGCACGCCGGACAGCAGUGUCGUCAAGUGGUUCUGGAAAGCUGUGGAAUUGUUUGAUGAAGAGCGGCGAGCACGGUUACUGCAGUUUGUGACGGGAUCAUCGAGAGUGCCUCUGCAGGGCUUCAAAGCGCUACAAGGUGCUGCAGGCCCGCGGCUGUUCACCAUACACCAGAUCGACGCCUGCACUAACAACCUGCCCAAAGCCCACACGUGCUUCAAUCGAAUAGACAUUCCGCCCUAUGAAAGCUAUGAAAAGCUCUAUGAAAAGCUGCUAACAGCCAUUGAAGAAACAUGUGGAUUUGCUGUGGAAUGAUGAAUUUCAAGGACUUACCCGGACUCUAUUUAUACCCCUGACUGACAGCCUCCCUUCAGCAGUGACAGAGAAUGCUGAAAAACAGGAAAACACCCUCUCUCCCACCUGUUUUAAAGUUUUAGGACAGUGUGAGGGGAAAGGACAAUUUUGAAAUUCCUUUUCAAGGAAAAAAAGUCUUUAUGCUUUGCCAUGAGGACACAUUCAGCUGCUAUUUAAAAUGAAUAUCUUGAACCUAAAGAAUGCUGACUUUUCCUGCAUCUCCAGAGUUAGGCAGUAUUCUACACUUAAAGACUACUACUAUUUUUAUAAAGGGUGAUCUACUCAAACUGCUUCACAGAGUUCAAGUCUCUCACAUCCAGGCAACUUCAGCAGUCGGUACAAGUCACAUUUCAUUUUGAUUGAGUACGUGAUUUUGAACAGCUCCUGUACUUGCUCUUUGUAAAAAAGAAUAAAGUUAUUUUGAAUUAUUCUAACUUUAUAGACAAUUGGCUAAAAGAACCAUUAUCUUUACAAGAUGAAGCCAUUUACAUGUUUGUUUUUUCUAUAGCAGAGCAUUGUAUUUUGCAGUAUGUGUUUCAACUUCGCCUAAGUGGGUUGUUUUUAUAUUUUUUCAAGCACAACUUUCCUGGAAAUACAGCUAUAUUAUUUUGGUUAUUAACUUCCUAAUGCACCAUUAGUGUAAACUUAGUAGUAGUUUGCUCCCCGGAAGAUGUGUUCAGGGGUUCCCUGUUUUUAAGAUGACUUUUUAAAAAACGUAAUGUUUUUAUCUUGAAUCAAUAUGAUCAGGUAUUUUGGAUUUACUUUUUAUCUUAAAUGGAAAUACUGCAUUUUUAUAGCUUCUCGGAGCACGUGGACGGGUGGGAUUUUCAUUCUUUUGCUGAGUCAGCUGGUCUUUACUAUAUAUACUGUUCCUGUAAACCAAAGUCUCUAAUAAGUGCACCUAAGUUAUAUUUUAAUUACAUUAAGUUUCUAUCAAGUAAACCAUGCUGAAGCUUUGUUUAGUUGCUCACAAUUUUAAUCGGCUAAAUUGUGAAAAAGGAAAUUUUUGCUCUGAAGAUUAUUUAGCAAGCUUAGAAAAACCCUGCUUUUAUCUCGCGAGAUGAACUGGAGCUGGUACUGGGUGGUGGGCGGGGAGUGCGCUGAGGAGUGACUCUGCUUCCGAGAUGCAACUCACUGGAAAAAGGAAGAGUUAACUUUGGGAGCAAGGGGAUCCCAGCUCCUGCGGUGCGGAAGACCCCCCCCCCCCCGUCGGAUUUUCCGAUGUCCACGCUGAGCUUUCAGGGCGAGUGGCGCGUCGCACACUCCGGGAGGCGUGAGAGAUUGGAGGGAAUCACCGCGGAUUUUAAAGUUCAACUAUCAAAAAAAGAAUGCACUAUUUUUUUAAAAUAUUCAUGUGAAAUAAGAAUAGCAAGUUUUGAUGAUUGACCUUUAAAUUUUGCAGCUGAAUGAUCAAGUGAAUAGUCUUUUGUGUUCUGUUUCAAAUGAUGGAGUGGGUUUUGGUCUGUGUUCUUGAAGCCAGAGUGCUCCUCAGAGGCGCCUGGGCGUGGUAGCGGUGUGCGGAGGGACGGAGGGGGGCGGGAGGAAGGUCUCGGCGUUGGGGCAGGACCGCCGUCCCCCUCCCGCUUGACCCAGAGCUGCUCCAAGUUUUUUCUGUGCAUUGGAAUUUUAAGGAACGUUUUGUGGGCUGAGGGUGAGGCGGGCAGGGGACCAGCUAGAAUAAAUGGAGACUUUAUUGCUUUUAAAAAAUGUUGAGAACAACUUGUGUGGUUCGCAAGUAUUUUAACGUAGUUCAUUUGGCCAAACGGGACCGCGGUAGCGCGCUGCUCGUAGCUGUGCCUGCGGCGGGGCGUCCGCGUGCCGGCCUCCUCGUCCCACUGUUCUGCUGCGCGUUCUCGCUCAAACGAAGACCACCGCCUCGAAGUGUACAGAGAUGGUUUCUGUGCUCUUUCGUCGUCACUUACUUUCAGCUUUUUGUUAGUACCUUAUUGGUGCAGAUCCAUGUCUUUUUUUUCAAUGUUAAAGCACUGGUGCAGUUUGUAAUUGUGCCUGCUCUUAAAAUCUCUCAGUAAAAAGUAAGUACAAGAUGAACACUUUAUAGGGAAAUCGUAACAGACAGGGAUGCAGUAAUAAUGAAAUGCUAUUGUUUUUAUGUACCAUAUAAAGCAGGCAAAUACCAUCGCUUUUUGAGUGCCUUUUACCUUUACAAUAACGACUUAAUGGAGCUUUAAAAGCACGAAAUCGUCCUACAUAACUGUAUGGUAUCACCAACAUGAUACGUCAAAGUAUGAUUUAGAUUUCAAUUUCAAAAUUACAUUAUCCGAUCACUUCCAGAUAGGUGCUAAGACCCCCCAAUGUCAUUGAACCGUGGAUUUGCACCUCGUGUUUAAUGUGAAUAUUUAUUUCCACAUGUCCCUCUCAGCGGGGUUUUUCUUCCCCUUCCUCCAGUGUCCUUUCCGCCGUGUGACGUCAUCUCCCGCAUGGUCGCCUCUCCAUCAUGAGUGCUUAAUUCCGGGCGUGAUCGCGUAGAGCUCACACGCAGUACAGACAUGAGUUUCCCUUCAGAGGGCCUUAUUUUUUGGUGUAAAGAGUUUUUAAAUAGUACCAUGUAUAGUGUACAUUUGGUUUUGCACAUAGUUUGUUGCCCUGAAUGGGUUUUUUUAAAGUCUUUUUUUCUUUCUUGUAUUUACAGUCUAGGCCACACUUUUUUUCUUUUAAAUGCAAUGUAAUUUGCUUCUUUUUACAACACUAAAUUUGCUUUCAACUUCCGGUGCAUGGGGCUGGCUGCGCCGGCGAGUUAGCGGGUUCCGGCCGCCGUCACGGUUUGGUAGAGCGGCUCCUUCUGCUUCUGUCUUCAGCUGCAGCUCACAGUCAGCGGGGGCCGUGUGUGGUAUUUAACACUCUUACGUUAGGGUGGUGAUUGUACCAGAUGCUGAGUUGUUUUAUUUCUAGAUGUAAUUAGUUCACUUUGUGUAAUAUUCUUCCUUCUCUCAAACUGACUUUAAAAACAAAGUUUUAUCGUUUUCAUUGUAUUUAUUACAGAGUGUUUUAGCUUCGAUGUUCUUUGUAUUUUCACUGAGUUGUUACAUGAGCUUUAUCAAUAACAUCUGUAUAAAUAGUUUCUAAGAAUUAACUAUGUAUGUGCCCAUGCCGAAGUUGAGCAAUAAAAUGAAUGCUGUUUGCACUGUCACAGCAUCCAAAUUUCUAAAGAAUA